AUGAUCGAAUCGGAAACUGAUUACAACGAACAGCGUUUAAUCGAUAUCAACAUCAAACAAUCAAAUCAAAUGGCAAUGGAGCAAUAUCCUCAAGAAACCAUCCCUCAAACAAAUUUUGUCAAAGAUAGUGAAACCACUUCCGACAAAUGGAAAUCAUUAUCAGAAUCUAUUGACGAGUCCGAGAAUAGUCCUUCCGCUGGUUUUGACUGCAAUAUUUGUCUAGACUCUGUCCAAGAUCCGGUGGUGACACUGUGUGGCCACCUAUAUUGUUGGCCAUGCAUAUACAAAUGGAUCCAACACCAAAAUACUUCAUCCGAAACCCCAAACAAACACAACCCACAAUGUCCUGUAUGCAAACACGGCAUCUCUCAGAAAACCCUAGUACCACUAUACAGUCAGGGCCAAACCACAAAACCUCAAUCAGAAGAAAAGGGUCUAGAUUUGGGGAUGUCGAUCCCACGUAGACCUGUGAGUCCGAGUUUUGGGGUGGUUAGGGGCCCGACUGAACAAGUUAAUUACGGUGGAUACCAACAACAAGCACAAAAUUUGAUAAACCCUACAAGUCCAACAACGGGGAUGCUUGGGGAAAUGAUGUAUGGGGGUCUUUUUGGGAAUACACAAGCAUCUUUGUAUACGUAUCCAAAUUCGUAUAACUUGGUGACGAUUAGUACUCAACGUGCAAGAAGACACGCGAUCCACGCUGAUAGAUCGCUUGGGCGCAUUUGGUUUUUCCUUUUUUGUUGCAUAAUGUUGUGCCUUGUUCUAUUUUAAUAAGGUGCCAAGUCUAAUUUUGUUAAAAUUUGUAAAAAGUAAUGGUAGUUAAAUAGUUACGUUUGGAUUGACCAUGUAAUGAAGUAAUGAAGUUCAUGGUUGAAAUUUGUUAGUUGUAGUUAUGGGAUAGUUUUGAUCUUUCUUAGAUUCGGC